AUGCAUGGCAACAUUCACAUACCUGGGUCCUCCGUAGGUUUGAUGGGUGGUAGCAAUGUCUUCAAUCAUUCUCUGCAACAACCACAACAGGCAAUGCAAUGGCAAUCUGGUGCACACCAACAACCGAUUCCACAGCGACAGCCUCAGGCAUCACAAACACAGCAACAGCAUGAACAACAGACAAUGCAAUGGCAACCUGGUGCACACCAACAACUGAUUCCACCACAGCGACAGCCCCAGGCAUCACAAGCACAGCAACAGCAGCAACAGGGCAGCACAACAAUUGCAACAGCAGAAGCCACAGCAGCAGCAACAGCGCCACGCCCUGCCGGGGCACAACACAGCAAUCUCAUCAGCCCCGCAGCAGCGCCGCCGCCGCCGCAGCAGCAGCACCACCACCACAACAAGAGAGAUACUCACAACGACAGCAACAACAGUCACGAGCAAUCAAGCGCAGCAGCAGCAGCAGCAGCAGCAAGCAACCAAACAGGCUCAUGUGCUACCAGAGUCACAACAGCAGCAGCAGCAGCAGCGCGCAAAGUAACGGUGAACAGAUUCCCACAGCACGCAAUAGUAUGCAAAGCAAUUCAAGAACAAACUUUGCCAACAACAAUACUGCAUCUAGAGGGAUAG